GGCAGUCUAUCAUGCAAGGAGAACCAGGGGAGCACUCCGAGAGGCGCAGGGGCAGGAUGAGCCUCCAGGCCCGAGGGACGUUCAGUGGACAUGGCCAUCACUUGGACGGUGCUAGCUGCUGAAGGGAUGUUGUGAGUCAAAAUGGACAUGGUGGCAGUGAGCUGGGGACACACUUACUCCUGGGAGCAGCUUAAUUCUCCCCUGCCUCGCUGGUCCUCAGGCCUUUGACUGAGGUCGCUCAAGCGGGCCCUCGCCAGCCUGCCAGGCCCCGUGCAGCAUGCCACCCGCAGCAGGCCUCGAGGGUCCCCGCCGCCUCCUGGGCAUGCGGCUCCUGCUGCCGCUCCUGCUGCUGGCGCCUACCGCACCCCUGCCCGGCGCUGCAAGGGCCCCGACCCCGACCGCGUCUCCAGGGUCCCCCCGUGGGCCGGACUACCGAGAGCGAGCACGGGCCCUGAUGCGGGCCUUCCCGCUGGUGGACGGCCACAACGACCUGCCCCUGGUCCUGAGGAAAUUUUACCAGAACAGACUGCAGGACGUCAACCUGCACAAUUUCAGACUCGGCCAGACCAAUUUGGACAGGCUAAGAGACGGCCUUGUGGGCGCCCAGUUCUGGUCCGCUUACGUGCCCUGCCAGACACAAGGCCGAGACGCGGUGCGCCUCACCCUGGAACAGAUCGACCUCAUCCGCCGCAUGUGCACCUCCUACUCUGAGCUGGAGCUGGUGACUUCCGUGAAAGCCCUCAACAGCACCCACAAGUUGGCCUGCCUCAUCGGCGUGGAGGGCGGCCACUCAUUGGACAGUAGCCUCUCUGUCUUGCGUGCCUUCUAUGUGUUGGGAGUGCGUUACCUGACCCUCACCCAUACCUGCAACACGCCCUGGGCAGAGAGCUCCAUGAAAGGCCUCCAUGCCUUCUACACCAACGUCAGCGGACUGAGCAGCUUUGGUGAGAAGGUGGUGGCGGAAAUGAACCGCCUGGGCAUGAUGGUGGACUUGUCCCACGUCUCCGAUGCGGUGGCACGGCGGGCCCUGGAAGUGUCCAAGGCUCCUGUGAUCUUCUCCCACUCAGCUGCCCGAGGCGUAUGUGAGAACACCCGGAACGUCCCUGAUGACAUCCUGAAGAUGCUGAAGAAGAACGGCGGCAUCGUGAUGGUGUCCUUGUCCAUGGGUGUGCUGCAGUGCAACCCAUUAGCCAACGUGUCCACCGUGGCAGAUCACUUCGACCACAUCAGGGCCGUCAUUGGAUCCAAGUUCAUCGGCAUUGGUAGUGAUUACGAUGGGGCCGGCCAGUUCCCUCAGGGGCUGGAGGACGUAUCCACCUACCCGGUGCUGAUAGAGGAGCUGCUGCGACGGGGCUGGAGCGAAGAGGAGCUUGGAAGUGUCCUUCGCAGAAACCUGCUGCGCGUCUUUCGACAGGUGGAACAGGUCCGAGAGGAGAACCAGUGGCGAAGGCCCCUUGAGGAUGAGUUCCCAAGUGAACAGCUGGGCAGCGCCUGCCGCUCCGUCCUCCCUCGGACAAAGCUGACAGAGAUACCAACCCACUGGACACCCAAGUGGCCAUCCAGGUGGUCACUCCCCAGUUCCUCUCCCCACAUGGUGGGCCUCACGGUGGUUGCCACCUUCCCAGGCUUCCUCCUGUGGUUCUGGUGACUGGCCAGCCCUGCCGGAUGUCGCUGGAGAGCUGUGUCCGCCCCAGGCACAACUAUUUCCAGAAAAUAAACAUUGCAAUAUGAA